AUGUUUCAUAAAGAAAAAAUAUCUUCUAUAUUUUCAGCAUAUCCUGAUAAUUUUGAUUUUCCAAAUAAUCGAUCAAUUCUCGAUAUGUUUUUAUCAAAACCAAUUGGUUUAUUAGCCUUACUUGAUGAAGAAUCUCGUUUUCCUCAAUCAACAGAAUUUACUCUCGUUAAUAAAUGGCGUGAAAAUUUAAAUUCUUCAAAUUUUAAAACAAAUACACCAACAUCUUCAUUAUCACGUAAAACAAUGAAACAACAAAAACGAAUGUCAUUAGAUCUUCAACCAUUAUUUACAAUAUCACAUUAUGCUGGUAAUAUACAAUAUACAGCAAAAGAUUUUCUUGAAAAAAAUCGUGAUUAUGUUCCAAUGGAAAUAAUAAAUUUGCUUUUACAAAGUGAUGAUGAUCUUGUUAAUUUACUUUUUCGUAGUCGUCUUCGUAAAACUGGCAGUGUUAUUUAUAAUGAACAAGAAAAACAAGAGAAAAUUUCAACUCUGUCUCGUUCAACACCUCCAAAAACAACAACAAUGAAUCGUACACAAGGUACAGUAUCAACAUAUUUUCGUUAUUCAUUAAUGGAAUUGGUUAGUACAAUGGCAUCAACUCAACCAACAUUUAUACGAUGUCUUGUACCAAAUCGUUUAUCAUUUCAAACAUCACAUAUAACAUAUGAUCAUACAAGUUAUUUUCCACAAAAUUUUCGUUUUGAUUCAAGUCAAUUUGAUGAAACAGUUAUACUUGAACAAAUACGAUAUAGUGGUUUAAUUGAAACAAUUCAAAUACGUCGACAUGGUUAUUCACAUCGAAUACUUUUCGAAGAUUUUAUAUCGAUUUAUUCAUGUCUUAUUGAUUUAAACUUAAAAACAAUAGAUCAUAGUGACCAUAAACAAAUAUGUGAAUUAAUAUUUAAAAAAUUUCAUAUUAAUAAUUAUGCUAUUGGUAAAACAAAAGUUUUUUUAAAAUUUCAUCAUAUUGAACAAUUAAAUAUUGCACAUAAAAAUUUUUUAACAAAAAUUAUUCGUUUACAAUCACAUAUAAGAAUGUGCUUAGUUAAAAAACAAAAUCAAAAACUUCAAAUAAAUAACGGUGGAACAAAGUAUGAAAAAUCCGUUGUACAUCUUCAAUCUAUGGUACGUAGUUUUCUUGCUCGACGCACAGAAAAAAAAGUAUCAUUAGCCGUUAUUACUAUUCAAUCUUAUUGGAGAAUGUGGCAAGAACGAACUCAUUAUAAGCAUCGUCUUCUUAAUUAUCGAAAUGAACAAAUUCAAAUAUCGUAUUUUCUUAAACAAAUUGAAUUAUAUGGUAAUAAUUUAUAUCAACGAUUAACGAAUUUAAAAAAUUCAAAUGAAUUUACAAAUCAAUCUUCUAUGAGUAACGAUAAAAAUUUCCCUAAAGAGCAAUCUGUAUCAAACGCAAUAAUACAUUCGCAAUCACAAGAUAUAGUUCCAAUGAGUAGUAAACAAAAAUUUGUCAUUUUAUGUGGAUAUUAUGAUAAGGUUUAUAAAGAAUAUUUAACUAAAAAAAGUAUAAAAGUUACUGAUGAAACGAAAAAAAAUACAGCUAGUAAUACAAGUACACGACGACCAUCAACAGCUCCACCUGUAACUAAUAUUCCACAAGCUCCACCUUGUCCACCACCAGAAUUUUUUCAACAAACUAGUACACAAAUUAAUAUUUUCAAACGACAAAUAUCAGCACCAGCUACAGUAACAACUCCAAUUGAAGAAUUAAAACAAAUAUUCGCAACACGACAAUCAAAAGAAAGAAACUCAGUAUUAUCUCCUCUACGAUCUAGUUCUAUGUCACCAUUAUCAACUAUUUCCACUACAAAAGAUAUUUUAUCGUCAUCAACAUUACUUGCUGUCAAUCAUUCAAAACAUAUAGUAAGGCAAGAUGAUUAUCAACCAAGACGUCGUCUUUCUUCAACAUCAAGUAUAAUCAAAAGUAAAUCAACUGGUUUCGUAACUUGUAGUACAUCAAGUCUUGUAGGGGAUAUGGCAUUAACACCAGAAAAUGUGCUUAAACUCAAAGAAAAUUUACGUAAAACUGGUUUAGUACAAAGCAAUCAAACACUAAGACGAAAAUUACCAACAGAAACAAUACAAAUUGAUUUUCGUAGUGUACUUCAUUCGUCAAAGAAUAAUUUAAGUUAA